AUGGGUGUGGGUGUCGAAGCAGGGCGGGUGAGGAGGAGGCGGAGGCCGUGGCGGGGGCGCGGCGCGGGGGUGGCGCACUGCCCGCGCCGCAGCGCGCUGGUCGCCGACGAGCGACCGCCACCGGCUCACGCCCUCGCCGACGCCCACGCCGCCCACGCGCGCUCCCUCCGCUCCGUCGGCGCCGCGCUCCACGCCCUCCUCCGCUCCCCCUUCCCCUCCCCCCACUCCUCCUCUCUCCCCCUCCCCCCUCACCGCAAGCUCGACCACCCCCCACCCCCUCCUCCUCCUCUUAACCCCCUCCUCCCCUCCUCCCCCUCCUCCUCCCACCUCCAUUUCCACUCCUCCGAUUCCGAUUCCGAUUCCGAAUCUGCCCCGGUCGCCCCCUCCUUCGUCAACCUCAGCUACGCCCGCAACCACCCCGCCCCCGCCUCCUCCGCCGCCCAAUUCCCUUCCUCCAACUACCAAUUCCCGCCCCCAAGCUCCGAUUUUUACCCCCCCUACUCCUACCCUUAUACGAGCGACGGAGCCGCAGGGGCCUUCUUUGGGCCCUCUUACCCCCUCCCCCCUCCUCCCUCAACGGCGGCGGCGGCGGCGGCGGCGGCCGGUUCGGGCUCUCCGUCGUCGUCCAAAGAGCCCCCGCCGCCGCCUUCGCCGCCGAGAGGCUCCUCCUGGGACUUCCUCAACCCCUUCGAGUCCUACGAUAGCUACUACGCCGCGGCGAACGCCUCUGGCCGGAGCUCGAGGCGGGUGAGGGAGGAGGAAGGGAUCCCCGAGCUCGAAGACGAUCGGCGCGACGUUGUUACAGGAACGAAUGGGGAGCUAAAGAGGUCAUCGGUUUCGUCCUCUGGUAAAGCGGCUGUAGCGGAGGACGACGGUGCGUCGAUUAAGAGGGGUGGUGGUAGUGGCAGCAGCAGCAGCAGCAGUGGCACUUGUAGCUUGGAGCGCGAAGAUCGUGCGGCGGAGAAGAGUGCGGCGGGUUGAGGAGGGGAGAGGCGGAGCGCGGUCGGGCUCGGCGCGGGCCGGACGUACGGUGAUGAUUCGGAGGUGGCGCAGGAGAUUAAGGCCCAGUUCGAGAGGGCGUCGGAGUCGGCCGAUCGAGUUUCCAAGAUGCUUGAAGUGGGAAAGCUCCCUUACCAUCACAAGCAUUCUUCCUAUAAAGUGUCAGCAAAGAUGAUUUGCGGGUUACCGGCUCUCUCCGCUUCUACGGACGAGGACUUGUAUCAUUUCGAAGAAGACAAGGCGAUGGAUUGCGGUAACCUCUCUUCAACAUUGCAGAAGCUGCACAUGUGGGAGAACAAGCUUCUUGAGGAAGUAAAGGAUGAGGAGAAGAUGAGGGUGCUCUACACUACAAAAUGUGAGGAAAUGAAGCACCUCGUUGAUAGAGGCGCAGAGGCCCAAAAGAUUGAGGCGAUCCAGAGUUCCCUUAGGAAGUUAUCCAUGAGGAUAAGAAUAGCCAUUCAGGUUAUUGAUCAUAUUUCGAAGCAGAUCAGUAGGCUAAGAGAUGAAGAGUUAUGGCCGCAGACGUUUGAGCUAGUCCAAGGAUUAACGAAAAUGUGGGGAAUGAUGUCAGAAUGCCACUGUACUCAACUCCAAGCCAUCUCGCAAGCCAAAAACUUACUUUCUAUUAUAUCUGGAGGCAGGCUCACUGAUGCCCACAUGACAGCAAUUAGGCAGCUUGAGCUUGAGCUUCUGGAAUGGAUUAUUAACUUCUCCAGUUGGGUAAGUGCUCAGAGGAGCUUUGUGAAAGCACUUAACGGUUGGCUUGUGAAAGGGCUCAAUUACGUACCUGAGGUAACCGAAGAUGGUGUUCCUCCAUUUUCUCCAGGUCGAUUGGGAGCGCCUCCUAUCUUUGUAAUAUCUAAUCAUUGGUCACAGAUUAUGGAUAGGAUAUCCGAGAUAGAAGCAGUCGAAGCUAUGCAGGUUUGUGCAUCCAUUGUUUUUAACUUAUGGGAGCAACAUAAUUCAGCGCAGCGCCAGGAUUCGAUUGCGAAUAGGGAUACUGAUAGAGCCCGUAGAAUAAUGGAUAAGGAGCGGCAAUUCAUGCACAAGGCAAUUGAGGCACAAAGUAGGAAAAUGUUACACAUAUCGGGUCAGAGUGGUGCGCCCUUAGCCGAACCGGUGGCAGGCCCGGGGGGUGAGAUGAGGAGUUUGCAGUCUAGCUUAAGUCAAAUAUUCGAAGCCAUGGAAAGUUUUACUGCUAUUUCCACGAAAGCGUAUGAAGAAUUACACGCCCGUGCAGAGGAAGAAAAGGAGAAGCUGGCGAGAGAGAAUGCAAUAGGUCCCUCAAGUUCAUCUAGGACUUAAAAUUUAACACAUGAAAUUUAAUUCAUGGAUGCUGAUGGUUAUGGAGGUCUCCAAAUUGCAAAUUUUAGUUGGUUGGUCUCCCCAAUUAGUCCCCAUUCUUCCUGGGGUCAGACCAAGGGAGCUGCUCGGUUGGAGUAUCGUUGCCAGUUCAAGGAGCUCAUCAAUGGCUCGUAGACUUUGAGGUUGUCGAUGCGAGAAAUCGUCAUCAUGAUGGUGGUCGAUGAUGAUUGAACCAACAUGCAAAAGCUUCCACCUCUGCUGCUCGGAAAAGAAGAGAGCAACUGUCGAAAAGAACUGAACAAAUGUUAAAAAUAAGCGGUAGCGAUGUCACAUUGUUGGCAUCUCAGGUUACACUUUCAAUGGCAAUGCGCAAACCGAAUCAGUAUCUGCUUCAGCCUCAGACAAAUCACAGAUGGAAUGAGAUGAGAAAGAGCAGCAUUUGGUGAGAAUAAUCCACAAGUUUAUUCGCGAUCGGUGUCGGACUCCGAAAAUGCAAUGUAUCGACCACUUACAUUAUACUUGUAAUUAAUACGAAGUUCUCUGUUUCAUAGAAUGCAUGAGAUUAACUUGAUUCCAUUUGUAGGGACGAAAAUAGUUCUAAUCUUUCUUUUCUCUGUAAAUUACGCAGAAUUCAGUUCAACAAUGUUCUUUCAACUGAUCAAUUAAAUUUAUGUCAGAACAGACUCAUUGAUUUUAUUCA